AUGACGUUAGAGCAAGUGGAGGCUAACCAAGCUACCAUGAGGUCAGACAUCAAUACGAUCCAAGAGAAGAUGGAUCAACUGCUGGAAACAAUGCUCGCCAUCGCCCAGAGAGAGAGGGUUGCAGACGCAGAAGAUGAGGCUAGAAGGAAUGAUAACCCAUCAAGUUUGGUCCACCAAGAUGAGAGCUUCGUCCAUGCCAAGAAGAGUCUGGUUCAUAUACCAGUAGGAAGCAAAGGAGAGGGGGAUCGUGUAGAGCCUUCUGAGGCGCCUGCUCAUUAUGGGUCCGAAAUGGGAGAUGACCCAUACGAAGCUUUCUAUGUGCCUGAUCAUCCGAAGCCAAAGAUACUUCCUGACCCUGCUGCAGAUAGGCUUCGUGCCUUGGAGAAGAAGAUCAAAGCCAUCGAAGGGAAUAAUAUCUUCGGUGCCUCUGCCAUGAACAUGCGCUUGGACCCAUUUUUUGAUAGAUUAGUGAGCAGCGCAGCAUCCGAUUUUGCACAUCUGGUCACAAUCGGAGACCGCAUAGAAAAGGGUCUGAGGGAUGGAAAGAUUUCAGGAGCCGUGGCAACCUCUAGCGCACCGAAAAAGUAUUUUGGAGGCUUUCAGAAGAAAAGAGAGGGUGAAACAAACGCUGUAUCUAGAGGCUAUAAGGGGAAGCAACAGGCUUCAUAUGGCCAAGUCGCUGCCAUGGUACCCAUACCCUAUCAACAACCCAUACAACAACAACCAAUGUAUCAACCACAUCAUCAACAACCUCGUCAACAACAGAAUACAGCACCACCAAGACAAUUCAAGCCAAGGCCUCCAAGAAGGCAACUUGACCCUCUACCAGUACCUUAUAGCCAAAUAUUCCCAUAUUUGCAAAAGGAGGGCCUUCUGACAUUGAGGGAGCUGAAACCGGCUGUUUUUCCAUAUCCACCAGGAUAUGAUGCUAACGCCCAUUGUGAAUUUCACAUGGGAGCGCCCGGCCAUACUCUGGAGAAUUGUUUUGCAUUCCAAAAUAGGGUACAAGACCUGAUUGAAGCAAAAGUUGUUACUUUCACUCCAAGACGCCCGAACGUGAACACUAAUCCCAUGCCAACACAUGGAGAUGCUUCCGUCAGUGCCAUUGAGGAGAGUGAUCAGGGAGAACUGAUUCUUAAGGUUGAAGAGAUUCAAACCCCUAUCACCAUGAUAGGGGCACAACUGCUAAAAAGUGGUCUAGUCCCAGAGGAGCUAGUCAAUAAUGAGAAUGAUAAAGGGUUGAGGAAUUUUAUACAACAAAUGCUGGAUCAAGGCGAAUUACAGAUAAAUCGCCGUGUUAAGAACAAGGGAGAGGAGGAGAUAGCCGUCGUGGUGGACAUCCUCUAUGAUGAGGUUAACGUGGACAUCCCUUUUGAUGAGGUUAACGUGGACAUCCCUUUUGAUGAGGUUAAUGUGGAAAUCCCCAUAAACCCAUUGGUGAUAGAGUUUCCAACACCGUUCGCAUAUGAGGAUGAGAAGGCGGUACCGUGGAUAUAUCAGCCCAGAGCUUUUAAGCAAGGGCAGGAAGACCGACCCGUAGUAAUCAAUGAACCAAACGUUACCUCAAUUGUGGGGCCAGCCGGAAUGACGCGCAGUGGCCGAGUGUUCGCGCCAAGGGCUGUUGAUGCUUCUACAAAAGCCAAAGGGAAAGAAGUUUCUACUCCUGUCCAAAUCCCUGUCCCUAGUCGAGAAAUGCAAGAAAUGCAUCUGUCGCCUAAAGCUCCGGUCACUCGUGAGGAGGCUGAGGAAUUUCUAAGGAUAAUCAAGAAAAGUGAUUAUAAAGUGGUGGACCAACUGAAUCAAACACCUUCAAAAAUCUCCAUGUUAUCUCUGUUGCUCAACUCAAAAGCACACAGGAAUUCGUUAUUGAAAGUGUUAAGUGCAGCACAUAUCACGAAAGACAUAACGAUAGAACAGUUUGAUGAUGUGAUAGCGUGUGUAACCACUGGAAAUUUUUUGGGGUUUAACGAUGAUGAACUGCCAGUUGAGGGAAAGAACCAUAACAAGGCCCUACAUAUCUCCUUGAAAUGCAUAGACACUAUACUAUCAAGGGUAUUAGUAGACACGGGUUCCUCACUGAAUGUCAUGCCAAAAACCACUUUGAUAAAGCUGCCGAUGGAGGGGAUGAAUAUGAAGCCCAGUACCCUAAUUGUAAAAGCAUUCGAUGGCUCAAGACGAGCAGUGAUAGGAGAGGUUGACCUACCAAUCAAAAUAGGCCCAACUUUCUUCAAUAUGACAUUCCAGGUUUUGGACAUACAUCCCGGUUAUAGUUGCCUACUUGGAAGACCAUGGAUCCACUCUACAGGUGCCGUCACCUCCACUUUAAACCAAAAGCUAAAAUUCAUUACCAAUGACAAGAUGAUUGUGAUUGGAGGGGAGGAGGAUAUCUUGGUUAGCCACUUAACAUCUUUCCGAUAUAUCGAGGUGGAUGGCGAGAUAACCGAGACACCAUUCCAGUCCUUGGAAGUGGUAAAUAUGAUGGCUGUCCAACAGACAUUGGAGACUCCGAAGUCAAGACCGUCCAUGGCCUCGUGGCAAGGAGCUAAGGUUGUGAUGGAAAGCGAAAGUGCUCAAGACUGGGGCAAAGUGGUGGAAGUGAACCAGAAGCGAGACAAGUUUGGGUUAGGGUAUGACCCAUCGUCAAUUGAAGCCGGUAACCAACAUGAUAAAGAGAAGAUUCCUCCUGUAGAGGAGAUAUUCACUAGUGCUGGCCACAUUUUUGGCAAUCAGGUGGCAAUGAUCAAUGUUGAAGAUCACAAGGAGGGGGUGUCUAGCUGGAUACGACAGGCCGCGCCUAAUGAAGAGCUGACAAACUGGAAGGCUGUGGAAGCUCCACCAGGACCCUCCAGGUAA